AUGACUUCUUCCGAAACUACAACAAGUACUACCACCACCACCAUAUACGCAUUGGACUUUGAUGGAGUUCUAGUCGAUAGUGCCUCGGAAACGGGUCAAAGUGGUUGGAAAGCUGCCAAGAUUUUGUUUCCGAAUGCCAGUUGGAUCCAAGAGAUUGAGGAACACGAUGACAAUAAUAACGACGCCAAUAAACUCAAGACAAUCAUUGAACGUUUUUGUCAAGCUCGACCUUGCCUUGAAACGGGAUGGGAGGCUGCCUUGAUUAUCAAACUACUGGCGGAUCCUGCCGAAGGCAAUCCAACCAAUGAUGAAAUCUUGGAUCACUUUCAAUCCACGUACCGACCAAGGAUGAUGACUUCUUUAAAACUCGACCAGGAAACUUGCAAGAAUGCCUUAGCGCAAGCUCGCAAUGGAUGGAUUGCUCAAAACGAUGCCCAGGAUUGGUUGGACGCUCACGAUUUUUACCAUGGUGCCUGCACUGCCGUCAGAACCUUUUUGAAACAACACGGAAAUGAAAACCUUUACAUUAUCACCACCAAGGCCAAAGAGUAUGCUCAACGUUUGUUGGAAAAAGAGGAUUUGUAUAAGGAUGAUGGUGGUGAAUCGUCAUCCGAUACCAGCAAAAUAGAAACAGAUCAUAUUUUUGGAUUGGGAUCGGGACCAAAACACAAAGUCUUGGCCUCUCUACUAGAAGAACGAAACGCGGAUCGAGCCAUGAUGAUAGAAGACAACCUAAAGACUUUGGAUAAGAUCAUGGCAUACGAUCCAAUCAAGCAAAAGACAACACCCUUUUUGGCCAGUUGGGGUUACAAUACAAAGGCACAACAAGAAAGGGCAAAAGAGAGUCAAUAUCGUGUGCUGAGUGAAACAGAUCCAUCAACACUCUGUGAGAUGUUCCAACAACAGUGA